AUGAAUCUUAGUCUUAUUCUAUUUACUAUUGGUAUCCUAGGAUUUGUACUGAAUCGUAAAAACAUUCUUCUUAUGAUGAUUUCUAUUGAAAUUCUACUACUGGCAGUUACUAUUCUGGUACUUGCAUCUUCUAUGAAUUUCGAUGAUAUUCUAGGACAAACUUAUGGUAUUUAUAUUAUUCUUCUUGCUGCUGCUGAGUCUGCUAUUGGUCUUGGUAUUCUUGUUGCUUACUACCGACUACGAGGAUCUAUUUCUCUUGCUAAUGAUCAAAAUUCUAACACUACAGCUUUAUCCUAUGGUAGUUUAGAAUUUUCACAUAGAAACUAA